AUGGUAAUGUUCAACGACAUAUUCACACCAUUACCCGCGUUGCGUACGGCGGUUUGCCACGAUCAUGGAAGUGUGGCGACCGCCCGGUCGGUCGCGUCGCAUGUCAAUUUACAGCACCGCCAUUUAGCCGUGCAGGCCCGCCGGCGUAUCGUGGAGGAGGCGUUGGUGUUGCGGGAUGAUGGUUUGUUGGCCGCCGAUCCAAACGGCGUCCGAUUUCCCGACGAGGUUGUACCGGCGAUCGACGGAUUACCCGUGUGGAACGACGGCAAGAAGUGUAUGGAGUGCGGGUACAUCCGGCGGACGAGAAACCAUAUCCAGCAGCAUUGCCGGUCAGAGCAUGGUUGGGUGAACCCGAGGGGCCGCGGCCGUAGGGGGCCCGCAAGUGCAGAAGCAAUCAGUCGUAAUUUUAAAAAAAUAUCAGGGUUUUAUUUUCCGAGGUGA